AUCCAUCAGGAUUGGCAAGGAUCCUAGAGGGGAGAGAUGGUACUGACAGCAGGAGUUCCCCCACUGCUGGUUUUCUUUAUUUUAGCAACCAGAAACAGUAAGCCUGACUUAGCAUGUACAGUCCAGGAGCUAAUACAAUUGUGUGAUUCUGAAGUUUGAGAUACUUUAUAUAUCUUGUUACUGUCAUGUUAUCUUUUCUUUCUUUCCGGUGAGAUCCUUGUAUUCUGUACGCUUUCACUUCUCCUUUUUAACCCCCGUCCUAUGCCUAGAACAGACCAGUAGGGAGGGAGCUGCUGUGAUUUUUUUUUUGUUGGUGGUGAUGGUGGUGGUUGUUUUUGCUUUGUUUUUCUCAAAGCACGUUGCAUCCUAUUUGCUAUUAUUUAAGAGCACACUUUUUUCAAAUGCGCUAGCUAUAGCUGUCUUGUCUUUAGGCUUCCGGCUGGAUCGGAUCAUGAAAUAAAUGCCCAUGUACUUAAGGCAUUAAGCUGCCUAGUGCUGCAUGCAGUUGGCUGAGGUGUCUCAGCUUUACAGCUAGCAUUUCUUAAGAACACUAGAAGAUUUAGAUGUACUUGAACAGGAGGGUUCAUAAGGACCCCUGAGCAAUUCUUUCUUUCGUGUGUCCAUUGACAGACAUGAGCAGUUUUGAGUUGAUAGCAACGCUGUGCAGCUCCUGGAGCUACAAAAUAACCCAAGAAAAUGGCACGCACCUCAGUGCUAGAGGGGUGCCCAGCUGACAGCCCAACGCAGGCUGCCUGGGGCCUUGCAGUAUAGUAUAUCGGGGAUGAGAGCAGUGCUGGGAAAACUGAGCUCGGCCCAAGGUGGAGUAGCCUGGCUUUUCCAGGCUUUGCUGAGGAUGCUUCUGCGCGGCGAGGCUCCAGCCCGGCCGGCCCGGCUCGCCCUGAGGCCGCGCGCCCCCCAGGGGCCGCAGGAAAUGGCGGCCGCCGCCUCAGCUCAGCGCCGCCCAGGGGCGGGGCCCGGCCCUGUUGGCGCCAAGCGGGGACAGCGACUCCCGCCCGGCCGCUCCGCUCCCCUCCGCUCCGGUCAUGGCCGCCGCCGUGCCCGGCUACUCGCCGGGCUUCAAGAAGCCGCCGGCCACGCUGCGGCUGAAGCGCAAGCGGCCGCGGAGUAGCGAGUCCGCCGCCCUCCAGCACUGCGGCGCGGCCCCGAGGGCCCCCUCCGCACCCGCACGCCGCAACCCCUUUUCCAGCCUGGACAACGCGCCGCGGCAGCCGGGCCGGCGGCAGCAGGGACAGCCGUCACCGCCGGCGGGGGGGCCCGCCUCGGCCGCGCCCUUCUGGCAGUUUUUAGAGUCUGCUGGAGAAGAUAAGCCCGCCCGGAGCGCGGGGCUCUCGGAGGGAACCGAUGUUCUGGCGCUGCCCGAGGACCUUCAUUUACCCAUUCCUACACCCGAUGUUCCCCCCUCACCGAGACACGAGUUUCCUGCAGACUGGAGCAUCAAAACACGACUUUUGUUUAUGUCUUCUCAACCUUUCACCUGGGCAGAGCAUUUAAAAGCACAGGAGGAAGCUCAGGGAUUUGCUCAGCAUUGCAGAGCAGCGGAGAUGAACUUGCCACAGAGUGUAGAGGAACCAAAACUGUCCACAGAACUGCGUUGUGCCUUUCAGCAGAGCCUUGUGUACUGGCUUCACCCAUCGCUGCCGUGGCUGCAGCUGUUCCCUCGUAUUGGAGCAGAUAGAAAGAUAGCAGGAAAGGCCUGUCCAUGGGCACAGGAUGAGGCCUUGCAGCAAGCACUGAUGAGCGACUGGUCUGUCAGCUUUACUUCUCUGUACAAUCUGCUCAAAGCCAAGCUGUGCCCCUACUUCUAUGUGUGCACUUACCAGUUCACUGUCCUGUUUCGUGCAGCUGGUCUGGCGGGAAGUGAUGUUAUCACGGCGGUGAUUUCUCCCACCACCAGAGGUUUAAGGGAAGCCAUGAGAAAUGAAGGCAUAGAGUUUUCUCUACCUUUGGUAGAAGAAAGUAGAAGCAGAAAACAGAAAAGCUCUGAAGGGAAUUUGGAAACAGAAGUUGCUCACGGCCCCAAAGUGGGCAGAAGCCCUGAGGAUGGCGAGGAAGCUGCUCCAAGUGAUGAUGAUGAUGAUGAUGGUUUCUCUUGGCUUGAGGAGAUGGGAGUCCAAGACAAGGUUAAAAAACCAGAUGCUAUUUCUAUUAAGCUUCGUAAAGAGAAGCAUGAAGUGCAGGUGGAUCACAGGCCUGAAUCCGUCGCAGUGGUGAAAGGAACAAACACAUUCACUUUAUUGAACUUCCUGAUAAACUGUAAGAGCCUGGUGGCUGUGGCAGGUCCGCAGGCAGGGCUUCCUCCCACUUUGUUGUCCCCCGUUGCUUUCCGAGGUGGAACGAUGCAAACGCUCAAAGCUCGUAGUAUGAAUGCAAAAGCCAGGGUCCGUCUGGCAUACGAAGAUAUCUUCAGUUUGGAGAUCAUAGGCCCUGUCCUGCCCCAUUCUCUCCACUCGCUGAGCGUGCUGCUGCAGUGUGCACAGCGGGGAGCGUUUUCUGCAGUGCUGUAUACACACGAGCCAACAGCCGUGUUUAACACCGAUCUUGGUAAUGCGAGUACCGCCUUAAAGAAGGAAACCGUAAGCGAAGACCUGCUGAAGUGCGGGCUGCAUUCUAAAACUUUGGAUCAACUGAGUCAGGUGCCAACGCUGGGAAAAUCUUCCCUCCGGUUUCUGGAAAUGAAGGAUUACGCGUAUGCCUGGAAGUGCUAGGUUCGUGCCGUUUCCAGUCGCUGGAGCAGGCAGCUCUCCGGUAAGCAGUCACUGUACUUGGUUCAGCCCCGCAGGGCAGCACCUGUGCUAUACCAGGAGGGACGGAACCUAGGCGAACAGCACAGGCAACUCUUGCACAUGACCGCAAUAAAACACUUCAAAGGACUUGCAGAGGAAAUUAAGGCCUUGGCCAUCUCCUUUUGUAUUUUAGAAAGCAUUUUUUUAAAUAAAACUUCAUAAAACCA